AUGUUUGCCGGAUUGGGUGCGCAGGUCGCCAUUGCUGCCAGGCGAAUGGACGUGCUGUCAGCGACGGCGGCAGAAAUCCAAACCAAAACUGGUGGAGUAUGUGAAGCUUUUCGUAUGGAUGUAAAGGAUCCUGUACUGGUCACGAAAACGCUCGAUGACAUCGUUCGAGAGAUUCGGGAAACCGCCGACCAUUUUGGUGAACAACGCUGCCGGCAACUUCAUCAUGGCUACCGAACGGUUAUCUCCAAAUGCAAUCAAGACAGUGGUGGACAUCGUUCUUCUUGGCACAAUGAAUGUCACCAGCGAAGUUUGUCGUCGUGCCAUGAAGGCCAAGCAGGGUUGUACUGUCCUCAGCAUCACCACACCUUACGCAAG